AUCAAGGUGUGCCAGUAUCCUGUUGCUAUGGCGAAGGCAAAGGCCAAAGGCAUUUUUGUUUAUUUAUCGAUCAAAUUUAACCGUGGAAAUACAGUACAACAACCCGUCAGCCGUAGUGCAGGUAAAAGUGGUGUUACUAGCAUGACGUACCGCAGCCACAACGUGGGACCGUCCCGUGCCUUCGAUCACAUCUACGACCCGCUGUACGUGGCCUCCGACCGGAAGGACGUCUGCCGGGCGAACCAUGCGGCGCUCACGAAGUCGGCCCCGAUCGGCAUCUUUCCCGUGUACCAGUCGAUGUUCAGCGAGCUGCCCCGGCUCACCCGCAACCACUACGUGAUGCAUAGCAAUCCGCUGCCGUACUACCCGGAACCGGGCGUGGAUCCGAUCCGUGGGUACGGUCACCAUCCGGACACGUCGAAAGUGCUCGGUUCGGAGCGGCCCAAGUUUUUCUGCCAUCCGAAUGCGGGCGAGUCGGGCUGCAAUGUUCGAUACGCCCCGGAUUACGUGCCAGGUGCGGAGCCGGAGUACUGUGGUUGUGAAGAUGAAUAUGAAGAGGGAGGAGCCCAACCAGCCCGCUUUCGGGAGGUAGCCUCCCAAACGGAGUACCGCGAAUCGUCCGCCCAAACGCAACCCUGGAUGCCGACGGCCGUACUGAAGGACAGUGCGAUGCCGGGGGCGGAAAUUGUGUACGUGGCGGAGAUGCUGCAGCACACGCGCUUCCCGGGCGUGAACGAGGUGGAGAUAGUGGAGCGGGCGAGGCGCAAGCGGACCUGGGAGUAUGCGCUCGGCAGCUGCGACUCGCUGGACGAGUGGCGCCAGCAGAAGCUGGUGCUGCAGAUCUUCGAGUGGGAGGAGUGGGUCGCCCGGGAGCGGCAGAUCGAUCGGUACCAGAUGCUGCGGUUGCAGCUGGUGGCCAAGAUAAUGGAGAAGCGCGAACGGGACAACCAUCAGGCGACGGAGGGCAAGAUGGAGAACACGAAGCGGCGCAUCAAUCAGGCCCGGAACCGGGCGAUGGAAAAGCUGGAGGCAAACUUUGAGCGCAAUCUGAGGAAGUUGGACCGCAAGCGGCAUCAGCUGAGCGUGCGGUACGGGGGGAAGAGCCGGGGGCAGGAGGCGAUGGAGACACUUGCGCUGGAGGCGCUGGCCGGGGCGAGGAAGAAGUACACGAAGCAGUCGUACGAUUACGAUCCGAAUCUUAUUGAAGUGGGGUUGGCAAAGUUGGACAAGAAGACGACUGUUCCUCAGAAGUUCGUAAACCCUCGGGAUCAGCGUCCGGAGCUCUGGAAGCCGAAGGAAGUCUGUCGUGAGCUCCAAAAAGGCUUCUGGUCGGACAACUUCCUUCGCAAGCUGUACGAGUCACUAAAGCAAUUCCGCAACCGCAAAGACAGCGAGCGAGCAAUCCCGCAAUGUCUGAUCGUCGUUUCAUCACCCACGGAAAGUGUCAUCAUGUCUCCAGUCGCCGUUUCGCCCGAGAAAGAAAGCGACAACCUCUACCAGCAGGCCGUUCUGCUCCAGAAGCUUAUCAAAGGCCGUGCGACGCAGGACAUGAUUCACCGUGACUACGCCACCGAGCACGACCUGAUGGAUGAUUUGCUCGCGUCCCAUCGGCUGCCCGUUGUGGAGGAGUUUUUCCCCUCGGAUGGCCUACAAUCGUUCGGUGGAGAGCCGUCCGGGGGGAGUGUUCGGGAGCGUUAUCUGCACAUUCUCAAGAACGAGCAGCUGCUGGACGCGUUCAUCGAGAGCAGUACGCACGCACAGAUGAGCUCGUUGAUGAGUACGCUCGAAAGGGAGCUGACGCGGCUGCAGAACGAGCGCAACACGCAGGCGUUCUACUUGCUCGCGGAACGGGAACGUCAUCGGCGGGAGGCGGACAGUGAGCCGGGCUCGAUGCUGGACCGGAAGCAGCAGCUGAGCGGCGAUGAGAUGGCCCUCUACCUAGAGGCGGCACUGCUCGAGCAGGCGGACAAUGUGGACGAGAUGCGGGAGCGGAUCCAGCAGAUGGCGCGCAAGUUCGACGAGGAGGCGGAUCGGCGCAGUGACGGCAGCUCGCUGCUGCUGAUGGCCGGGGAUGGGGUCGCAGGGCAUCGGGAAGCUGUCGGCGGUGUGGCGGGAGCACUGGCGGACGAGAUGCUGCUCCCCGAGCUGUUCCGGCGAGCGGCUCGGGAGAAUGUAAAAUUUAAGCAACGGUCAAUGUUGGCCAAUGUGCAUGAGCUGAUUUACAACCGAAAGGAGGAGGAGGAGGAGCAGGAGGAAGAUGAGAAGAAAGAAAAAGCUGAUCGUGAGGAUAUGGAUGCUAGUCAGCUGAAGGAAGAUUUGGAGCGCCAGCCCGAGGAGCGCCGGGUAGUCAGUGGGUUGCUGGAUGGUAUUAUCGAUCGGGCCGUGCUGCAGCCGCCGGUCGUGGAUGCGGCCUACUCCGAGAACGAGGUAGAAGAGCUGCCCGAGGACGAGGAGGAGGAGAUCGGGGGCAGUGAUUUUUCGGCCCUCGAUUACGAAGGGCAGGAGGUGGGGGAGGAAGGUGUAAUGGAGGAAGGUGUGGAAGAGGAGGAGAUUUCCCGGAUGGCGAACGAGCUGAUCGAGGACAUUCUGAGCCGGGUGAUGGACUUUUCGGAACAAGGCAACGGGGAAGAGUGAGUUUGGGUCAUGGUUUAAUGCAAUGGAACUGAGAAUGUUGCAAAA